CUCGCCUUGUUGUGUGUAUUCCCGUGCUCGCAUCGCCAUCUUGUUGCAAUCCUAUUUUUUACGUAUGCGAGGAUCUACUUUGCGUUCAGCCGGAUUAGAAAUUGCCCUUGUGCUUUUCAGGAGAGACACAUGCGCUCGGUCCUGCGGGUGUGAACCGUGCACACGGCAUUUCGUAGCGGGAUACUACACACCCCCUCUUCGGUAUUUUUCCUCUUUCUGUCCCGGGCCACCGGGUUGCCUGCCGUGAGGGUUUUUACGCGCAAUGAGCAUCGACAUACUUUUGGAGGCGGCCAGAUAUCUGGAAUGGCAAGCCCAGCAACAACAGAUCGCACGUGGAGGAGGAGCAAAAAUCAGUCUUCAAGUAUAUGACAUUUUUCAUGAAGAGGAGCAGCGCAAAGAGAAGGAGCUCAUAAGCAGGGAGACAGAGACGAGGCGCGUGGAACUCGUGACCGCAACGUCUCAGACAGUCAGAACCAACCACAUCAACUGGGGCGAUGACGCCCGCCGUCAACAGCCGCACCACCCUCCCGUCCCUCCGCCCCCUUCUCUCCCGCCUCCCCACGUCCCCAUCACCGUCAUCCCAAUGGUCCCGGUUGUUACUGCGACGCCCUCAGUCCCGACCCUUCCACUCACAGCGACGGUUGCCGUGGCAGCGACGUCGCUCAAAAGUUCACCGCCAGCCAAAAACACUUCCUCCCCUCCACAGCAGCAGCAGCAGCAGCAUCAUCAUCAGCAGCAGCAGCAGCAGCAGCAGCAUCAACAGCAGCAGCAGCAGCAGGCCUCCUGUCACCUGUUGUGCGCCCCCCAGAUAAAAGUCGAGGCGAGUCCGCAGCUGAUUAGUGUAAAGCCCAGCCAAUCGCAGCCUCAGGUUAAAAUUCAGUACCCAGCCUCCAUCAGCACCAACGGCUCAGGCGCUCAACAUACAUUGGUCACUCAUCAAGCUCCACCCAUAUCUCAGCCACGGACAAAUGGAGUGUCUGUGGAAGACAUGAGGGCGAUGGAGGGGAAGAGGAGACCAGGAGGAGCGGGGACCAGAGAAGUCCAUAAUAAACUGGAGAAGAACAGGCCCUCCAGGCGAGCACACCUCAAAGAGUGUUUCGAAAUGCUGAAGAAGAAUGUUCCAAAUGUUGAUGAGAAAAAAACCUCCAACCUCAGUGUCCUCCGCAGCGCUUUGCGUUACAUACAGACCCUGAAGCGCAAGGAGAAGGAGUACGAGCACGAGAUGGAGCGCUUGGCUCGCGAGAAGAUCGCCUCGCAGCAGCGGCUGUCCGAGCUGAAGAACGAGCUCGGCCAGUGCAUGGACGUCAUGGAGAUCGACAGAGUUCUGCGGCAGACCAUCCAGCCGGAAGACGACCAGGCGUCCACGUCCACCGCCUCAGAAGGAGAAGACAACUUUGAGCAAGACAUGGACGAGGACGUCACCCCCGCUCCGACGCCCCCGCCGAAACCCAAACCUCCCAUCCUACACGCUCAGCCACUCCUCACCUCCCACCUGUCCAUCCAGCACGCCGCCCUGCCCAUCUCCGGAGUUCUGACCACGCCGACGCCCUCCGGUCCGCCUCCCCCUCAAGCCAUCGCCCCGGCUCCGGCGCCGGGCCAGCCCCCUCCGCCUCAUCCCAUCCAGACCCCGACCAUGCAGGUGCAGCCCACCGUCAUCGCUCACGCUGUCUCCCACCCGUCGGUCAUCCAGGCUGUCAAUCACGCACUUCCCGCCAAUCACAAGCACCUGACACACAUCGCCCCGUCGCCCGGCCCGACGUCCUCCGCCCCUCAGGCGAUCGCGGUGGCGGCAGCCGGCGCCGCCACUCACCAGCAGAUCACCGCGCAGCCCAUCGGACACAUCAUCACUCACCUGGGAGGUCCACUUCCAUCCCACCUCCCGACUCUUUACCCCCAGGGAGUGUCCGUCUCCCAGCCCACCAUGGUGGGCCACAUCACUCACACGUUCACCCACCACACUCUUCCACACGUGCAGGCAAACCCCCAAGCUAACACUAACGGGGGCCAGGUGAACAGCGCGGCCGUGGUGAGCCAGGGAAACCCGUCGCUAGGGAAACCGACGGCGGUGCUCGCACCUCACCCCCAGCUGGUCGGACAGGCUGCUGUCCUCAACCCGGUCACCAUGGUUACAGUACCAACCUUUCCCGUCAGUACACUCAAACUUGCCUGAAGCAAAAAUAACAAUAACAAUAAUAAUAAUAAUAAUUAAAGAAGAAAGAAGCUGGGAUGGACUGAAGGAGCAAAAGGUUCAGAACAUUCUGACGAGUCUUUACACGCUGAUCAAUAAUCGAUCGAGAAUCUCUCACAGACUUGCUUGUGGAGAAAUAUCCUCCAGAUAUUUAGGUCACAGCUCUGAUUAGUGUGUGGAGAAUAACAUUAAAUGCAGAGUCAGUGGGUCCGGCCAUUGUUCAUGAAAAUAAGACUGUGACAUUUGUCUUUGCUGCAAAGACAGGAACUCUGUGUUCCCUUCCUCCCUUCCUUGCCUUCUCCUCUCCUUCCUUCCUUCCCUUCUCUCCUAUCUUUUACAACCAGAAGCACUAACAUAAUAAGCUCACACUCAGGCAUCAAGGAUUUACCUUAAUUAUUCAUUCAUCUAACUGAGGGCAGGAAAACACAAGAGAGUAGUUUGUCCUUAGGCUGUUGUCGUGGCGACGCAGCGGCGGCACGUGCCCUUUUUGUAUCCAUGUAGCCACAAAGUUGUUGUCGGGGAAUGACGUCACUGUUGUGUUUGAGAGCAAAGGCGACCGCAUUACACCGUUCCGAUAAACGGAGCUUAAGCAGCGAUACCGAGCGACACGUUUACCCUUUUAUUUGGUUCCACUGUUCUGACGUUAAAUUUCAAAAUGGUAUGCAUCCACCUCCAAAAAAUGGGUUUUAAAGGUGAAGAAUCAGAAGCAGGAUGGCUGCAUGUUGCCUCGACAGACAACUGGACGUCUGCCUGUUGUUUCCUUGUAGGAAACCCCCAAACUGCAGAGUCAGCAGCGGUCCUGAUUUCCAUGUGUCUUUGAGUCGAUCCCAACGAAUAAAAAACGCUUGGUCAGAAUCAAAUCUGAGCUUUUUGAACCCAAGGGCUUUUGGAAAACAUUGGGAAUGUUAAAGUUAUGUGUUGCCCUGAUGUGGUUAUACUGCAAGAUUCAUCCUCUCAAUGUUUCUGAUUUUUUUACAUUGGCUUUUUAUGAAUUUUGUUGUUUUUUGUUUGUUUGUUUUUUGGUUAAAUUAGCAAUUCUCAUGAAUGUGUGGACAGGUCAUCACAAAUGCUUGAAACGAAAUGAUUUUAGAGCAGAAAUGAUCUCGUACGACUCUGCGGCGACCGCUCUCAGAAUACUCAGCUGUCAUCGGUUGAUGUCUUUUUUUUUUUUU